AUGAAGUCUCUCUUCGCACGAAGCAGACACCCUCCGGUGCCCCGGCAGCAGCAGCAAGGGUCUGAACAGGAGUCCCAGGAGCAGAACCCACCCAGCUAUCCCCCCCAGUCAGUUGAAGCGUAUCAUGCUCCUCCUCCCCCGUACUCCGAGACGGUAGAGACGCCUUCAAGCGGGUCAGGGGCGGCUGUCGUAGAGACUAUCAACACCGAUACCACGGCGUCAGACAGCCAGACGACAGCAGGAUCCGCGAGCAAGAGCCACAGAAAGCUGGCAGAUGACGAGGCGGCUCUGCAUCUGGCCGUCAAGAACAACCAUGUCGGCGUCGUGAAGGCCCUGAUCAAGGCUGGUGUUGAUGUCAGUUGCGCAGAUUCAAGCGGAUGGACUCCUCUGCAGAAGGCUGUAUCCCAUAACCAGGAGAAGUCCGUGGAGGCCGUGAACGCCCUGCUGGUGGCUGGCGCAAACGUCCUCGCGGCAAACGACGAAGGCAUGACAGCCCUGGGGGUAGCGGCGUCCAAGAACCUGCAAGGGAUAUCGGACAUCCUGCUCAAGGCCGGCGCUGAAAUCAACCCGUCGGACCCCAAGGCCGUCCCCUGGGCCCCCUAUCUCCUGGCCGCAUGGAGUGGACACCUCGAGCUGAUGAAGUUCUACCUGAACUGGGGUGCGGAUGCCCACGCCGUCAACGACGGGGGCUGGAAUGCACUGCAUAUUGCUGCCAGACAGAACCACUUCCCUGUCCUGCGCUUCGUGCUUUCGACCGAGAAGCCUCUCAGCAUUAAAUCCGUCAUCAAUGAUAAACGGACGGCGCUGCAUAUUGCGGCAAAGUACAAUAAUCUCGAGGUUGCACGGUUCCUUAUCAACUCGGGAAUCUCGAUCUAUGCUAGGAGCGAGGCAGGAUACACCGCUCUACAUGCCGCUGCAAAGGAAGGGAACGACGAGAUAGUCCUACUCCUCAUCGAGAGUGGUUCAGAUGUUAAUGCCAAAGCGGACGAUGAUUGGACUCCCCUGGCACUGGCUGCGUAUCACGACAAGGAGUCGACUGUCCGGUUGCUCGUCGAGAAGGGGAAAGCUGGUAUCGAGAUAAAAAACUCCAGCGGCUGGACUCCCUUGCUGCUGGCCGCCAGAUGGGGCCAAGAUGGGAUUGUCAAAUAUCUCAUCGGAUGUGGUGCAAAUCCAAGAGUUGUUUCAGUCCUGAACAGGACGGCAUUGCAUAUGGCUGCGCUUCACCAGCAUGAAGAGAUCGCCAGGAUGCUGGUCGGGCUGGAUAUAGAUGUGAAUGCUGCGGACGAGGAUGGCUGGAUGCCUUUGCAUAUGGCUUCCAGGAACGGGGCAGAGACCAUUGUCAGCCUCCUGCUGGAGAGCGGCGCUGAUCCCCAUGCCGAGUUCAAGCCUGGCGGAGUCAGCUCAUCCCCUCUGCAGCUUGCGGCCGAAGAAGGCCACGAUAAGGUGGUUGAGAUGAUACUCCAGGCGCAGAAGAGGAUGCCUAAGAGGGUGUCGAAGAAGUAG